CAGCCUCCCUGUCUCCGUGGCAGUAAUCACCCCUCAUACGGUGGGUAACGCUGCCCUGUGCACGCCGCUCCUGCCAUCGUAGACCAGGCGGAUGCUGUGCUGGCGCGUACAUCAUAUUCCUGUUGACUUUACCACUGUGUUGCUGUGUGUCACGUUUUGUUCCUGCGCGGUGUCUUGACCUCAUUUCGGCUGCUCGCAUCAUCGGCUCGGAUAGGUAAAGGUCCGGAGUGUGAAACAGCAAACCCAUGCCCGCCGGACAGCUGCGUGCCUUGAACGCGCGUUGAAAACCCCCCAUCUCAGCCCGAGUGAGAGUGGCUCGGCAUAUCAGAAGCUGUCUGGUCCCACUGCACCGCUAUGACUUCAAGCUCCUGAAGACUUGCCUUUUCAUGAUUUUAUUCUCAAUCACUCUUAAGCCCACUUGAUUCCUCAAUGGGUUCCCGCAGCCAAGGCUUUUUCCACCACCAUCACCAUCACCACCACCACCGCAGCUCCAUGGUGCCUGCAGCAGUGCCGAGGCUACUGCCAGAGAGCGGCAGCUUGCUGGGGGGCAUCGCACAAAUCACCCCCAACCUCUUCCUCAGCAGGGGCAACGUGGCAUCCAACCGCAGCCUGCUCUUGUCCAAGGGCAUCACCUGUGUGGUCAACGCCACCAUCGAGCUACCCAACUUCAACUGGCCCCACGUGGAGUAUGUUAAAGUCCCCCUGGCCGACAUGCCCCACUCGCCCAUCUCCCUGUACUUCGACAGCGUUGCAGAUAAGAUCCACAGCGUGGGCCGGAAGCGGGGGGCGGUGCUGGUGCACUGUGCGGCCGGGGUGAGCCGCUCGGCCUCCCUGUGCCUGGCUUACCUCAUGAAGUACCACCGCGUGUCUCUGGCCGAGGCCCACGCCUGGGUCAAGGCCCGCCGCCCCGUCAUCAGGCCCAACGGCGGCUUCUGGCGUCAGCUCAUCGAGUACGAGAGGAAGCUGUUUGGCAGAAACUCUGUUAAGAUGGUGCAAACGCCCUACGGGGUCAUACCUGAUGUGUAUGAGAGGGACCGCAGGAACCUGGCUCCCUACUGGGGCCUGUGAAAGAGGCCUGGCUGCUCACCCACGGGGAGGGGGACGGAGGAGGAACGUGAGCAGAGAUGAUGGCCACCUCGAUUGCAUUCCAGUCCUUUCCCCCUUCCGGGCUGCAGGUUCCUGCAUGUUCCCGCAGCCAGACAGGCAAAGUGAGAUGUGUGAGUGUCCAUCCAUGUGAAGCUUAACUAAUGAAUACUGGUGCAUUUGGACAGAAGGAAUCUAAACAAUAUUGAUGACUGGUUAUUGAUGGUGUGGCUCUGCGUCCAAACCAACUGGCACCCCGCACACACACAUACCUCCAGUUUUCUCUGAGCAGCAGCACAGCCACUUCAAACCCAGAAUCCUUCGGACCAAAGGAUUGAUGGGACCACAUUGAUGUCAGGCACCAAAACAAGAUAAAAUGCUCAGAGUGGAGGGAGUGUGGUAGCAGCUACCGUGGAUCUCCUGGUUUGUCUUUCCAGAGAAGUCUGGGAAGGUAUUUCCUGUGAUCGAGACUCGGCGGUGCUGACAGUGGUGUGGCUGAAGUCCUUUUUCUGACGUAAUGUCAUGUGAUGGUAUUGUGCCAGUUUUGCGGUCAUCUUUAGUGUGAGGGGCAGCAGUAUGCUCUCAAUUUAUGGUAGCAUUCAAAUGACCAUAAUGGUCCUAUUUUGUCUUCUAGUCAGCAGUGGUGAUCGUAUCUGUCCAUUACAAAUACUGAUUGCUUAAGUGUGCACAGAAUAUCCCCUGGUAGCUUUCAAGUCUAGGCUUAAAAUCACUCAGUUCAUUCCCAUUCAUGUUCAAAAAAUGUAAGAAGUGCUUUGUGAAACUUGCAAGUUGCUACGCAGUGAUAUUUACUAAAAUAACUGUUUUACUCUGUUACAAUCACUUAAAAUGUGCAAAUUAAUACCAAAUAUGCAUUUGAAGAGGUUUUUCCACUUUUGGUCAGCUCUCAAGUAAAAUGGUGUCCUUGCUGGAGCUAGCUUUUUACUUUCGACUUAUGCUGGGAAUAGUAAUUUGAUGGUAAUGUGUGAAUUUUACGUGACUAUGAUAGUGUAAAACAGUAAUUUUAGCUAACAUAGGUCAGGUAUUCACCAGAUGAAAUUACCACUUUAAAGUUUCACAGAGCAGUUUUUCACAUUUUGAACAUGAAUAUGAAUAAAUCGGACUAAAUUAGCCUUGACUUGUAAACUACACUGAUAUUUGUGACGGACGGAUACAAUCCCGACUGUUGACGAGAAGUCAAAGUAGGACUGGUGUGGUCCUUAAAGAUUAUUACUGUACAGAAAAAAAAUGUAGACAAAUUAUUUUAUUGGAAUGUAUUGAUGGUGAGGGAAAAAAAUGGUUAUGGUGCACUUUAAAUGAACAUUUAAAGAUCAUAUUUACCUUUUUUAAGAUGAAGAUUAUAGAAAAAAAGAUCUAACAUAAAAUGUGAAGGUUUAAAGAAAGUCCCUAUUCACCACAGGGCUGAAUGUGCUGUCCUGUGACUAUUCUAUACUAUAACAGAUAUAGUGCUAUUUGAUGCUGUAUUAAAAAAGAUGUCCGCUGCCUCCAGGGAGUUGAUAGCGCCGUGAUAGAUGCUUGGGAGAAACAUGAUUUUUCUAACCCGCUGUUUUUGCCUUGUGUCCAUAUUGAAUAAAUGUGAGGUCCCAGAAAGAGCAGUGCAGUACAGUACAGCAUAAAACUCGAUAUACAGUGUAUUUCUAUUGGUUAACCAGCCUACUCUUGUGGUUCGGCAGUCUUUAAAGAACAAAAAAAAAAAAAAAAAAAAAUCACUUUUAGGGGUAAAUGACUGUAGCUGGAGAGUCAUGUUGUUGUCGUAAGCAGAAACGG